CCCUCAUGUCCUUUUUAAUCACCAUUAGAGACACCAUUUACGCACUUACCUCAUGCUGUUUUCCUAAUCCAACCAUCAGCAUUAACCGAAAGAACUUUAAAGUUAUUAACCUGCUUGGAGAAGGUGGAUAUUCGUUUGUGUAUUUAAUCAAGGAUGAAUCAAGCCAUAAGUUGUAUGCCUUGAAAAAAAUCAAAUGCGCACUUGGUGACCAGACAAUAACUGACGCUAUGCAUGAAGUGGAAAUGUACAGAUUAUUUCAAAGUGAAUACAUUAUUAAGAUUUUGGACACAAGUGUGUUAACAGAUAGAGAUGGAACCAAGACUGUUUAUGUAUUUUUGCCUUAUUACAAAAGAGGAAACCUUCAAGAUAACAUUAAUGCCAACAAUAUCAACAAGACAUUUUUCCCGGAAAAAGAUUUAUUGCAAUUUUUUCUCAAAGUUUGCUUGGCACUUAAGGAACUUCAUAACUACCACUUGCCAAAUGUCCCAAUCACCACACCUUCUGAAACAUCAUCUGCUACUGCUCAGCCAGAAGGAACACUUGUGCCAUAUGCCCAUCGUGACUUAAAACCUGGAAAUAUAUUGAUAUCCGACGAUGGUAAGACACCGAUAUUGAUGGAUUUUGGAUCAGUGAUAAAAGGGAGAAUACCAAUUAGAACAAGGCAAGAUGGAUUGUUACAGCAGGACAUUGCGGCUGAGCACUCAACAAUACCUUAUCGCGCGCCUGAACUAUAUGACGUACAAACAGGAACAAUUUUGGAUGAAAAAGUGGAUAUUUGGAGUUUGGGAUGUACUAUUUAUGCUGCCGCAUAUGGCCAAAAUCCAUUUGAAGCAAGUGUCAAUGAAAUGGGGGGAUCAAUCGCUUUGGCGAUUUUAAAUGGUUACUAUAAAUUCCCAACAGAUAAAGAAGAAGAAGGUCAUUAUAGUGACGAAUUUGAAGAUUUGAUCAAGUUUCUAUUGGUCAUUGAUCCUAAGGAAAGGCCGGAUAUACAAACGAUUUUUCCAAUUUACAGCAUCAAUUCAAAAGGGUAUUGUAAAAAGGUUCUGGUGGUACUUGUCAUACUCAUCCUGUCGAUGAUCAACUAUUAA